AUGUUCGAUUUCGACGAAAGUGAGCUCAAGGUUAAGCUCCGUUGGAAGAUCAAGCGUUCUGCCAAGUUCUCCGACGAGGACGGUCGUGAGUUCGCUACUGUCGGCUUGCAAAUGAAGGGCAUAUCGAAGUGUGAGGUUGAAGUUGACGAGGAGAAGGAUAAGGAAAGCGAUGAAGAUUGGGAUGCUACUGCUAAGGUUAAGAACGUCUGCUACACUCUGUCUAUCGAUGGCAAAGACUAUGACGUGACUGUUGAGAAGGGUAACUGGGAGCACUGGGAUCGCACGUGGAAGGUGGAUAACAUGUUCGAUGUGGAAUACAAGCAAAAUGAUGGUGCUGAUGAGGUCAUCGUUAAGACCACUGAUCUUGAAGGCAACCCCGGGCAUGAUCUCCUCAUCGCCUUCGCCAUGAGCGAAUUUAUGCAUCCAUGCCGUCAGCUUACUAAGCUUAACCAAGCGGCUGUUCAGAUUGGAAGGAACGCUAUGAUGCAGCAUCGCAACUAG